AUGGAGAAUAUUCGAAGAAUGUCUGCAGCAACUAUAAAUUUGGAUGAAGACAAGGCAGAGAUGUGCUUUUUAGCUUUCGGAAUAUUGAUCAUUUCAAUCUAUUUAUGAAAUUUGAUUUUUCUGUAUAUGGUUCGAACUCCAAAAAUUAGGAGUAAUAUUGAAGAGUUAUGCGAUCACAUCGUUUAUACUAUAAUUCAACUACAAGCUUUGGAUUCUAUUGCUUAUUUAAGUAUGGAUUUCCCAACUGGUAGCUACAAUAUGCUCGGUGCGAAUAAAUGCUGGAUCUAUUUCAAUUAUUUAGAUUCAAAAGCAGAACAGUUUAUUACUCAAACACCGAGGAACUUUACUUCAGAUUUUACCGCAAGUGGAGAAUGGACUCCAUACUAUUUCAAUAACUCUUUUACUUGCUUUAUAGCAGCGAUUCUUUAUAUUACCGUAUAUUUAUUUGUAAAAAUUGGAACCUGCCUAAUGAAAUUUAAAAAUUUUUUUCUCAAAGAAAUUUUAGAAUUUGAGAUCGGACAGCAGUUGCUAAAAGUUAUUUACUUCAAACUUGCCUUUAAUUUGUUUGUUGAAUUAAAAUUUAUAACCGAUGGAGCAAAACCUGAUUGAAACAGCGCAUUAUGUGUUAUUGUAUCGUUUUUUGUAUUUAUCUGCUAUCCGUUUGGAAAAAUCAUUCUACUGCGGUGUAAGUUUCGUGAUAGGCUUGAUGAACCAAAUAUUAGAAUAAAAUGUGGGUCUGACUAUAGGGUUUAUAAACCAUGCGCAAGGGAAUUUCAUAUAUUGGUUUUGCAGUUAGAAUUAGCUAUAAUAGCGUGUGUGAUAUGUUUUAUCUCAUCUUAUAAAAGUAUACAGCUGUUCGCUAUAAUAGCAGUAAGUAUAUUUAUAACAUCAUAUACAAUAAUUUACCUACCUUAUAGUUCAAAGCUCUUUAACUUGGAAGAAAUUUUUCAAAGGCUUUUAAGAUUAUCUAUUUUAUGCUCCAUCAUUGGAAUCUCUUCUACUAAUUAUCCUGAAUAUAGGAAUUUAUUAGUUUUUGGGCUGCUUUUAAUAUGAUAUUUAGGAAAGAUGUUUUUUACUCUCUUAAAUGUUAGAAAAUAUUUAGCAGAUGUAAAAAAAAUACUUACUAGAUCAUCGUUUGGCUCUCUGAAAAUACAGACAAGUUUUAAGCCUAAGAAUGAUGUUGAAGUUUCAACUAUUGUUGAAACUCCAUCAAUAUCACCCAGUAUUGAUGAUACAAAAAUAGGGGAAAUUAUUGAAAAAACUGAUAAAACCGAGAAUCUUGAGGAUCCUGAUACACCUGGGGUAGAUGAGAUAAAUGAAAAAGUUAUAAAAGCUAAAACAGUUGAUGAUAGGAAAGCUGAGAAAAAGAAAGAAGUAAUCAAAUCAAAAGAAAAUAGCACAGAUGCAAAUAAUAAAACAAAUAUAAAUCCGAAAGUAAAAACCAGGAAAAAAAGGAGGCUAAGCAAAAACAGAGAAAAAUCGAAUAAAAAGAAGCAAACUUAA